UUACAGUGACUUAGUGAUCGAAUUAAAAAUGAGAGCCAGUAUCGUUUUUGUUUUUGCUUUAUGCGCUAUAAGCCAAUCAAUGGCUCUAAAAUGUUUAACAUGUCGGGGAGAGACCUGCAGGCAAAGGCUUGCAUUUGUGGAAUGCAACUCAAACCAUUUUGAAAGUCUUCCAAGUAAUGUUAAAAACAUCAACAUCUUAAACACUGAAGGAGAGUUCCAAUGCAUUGAAGCUGAAUAUAGAGAAAACGAGAAACUAGAAACAUUAAUGCAAUGUAGGUCAAGCAAGGUUACUUUGGGUAAAACUCCAAUGGAAGAAGAAAAUACCGAAGAUGGUACCAAAGAUGAUCCCGAAGAUGGUGCCAAAGAUGAAACCAAGGAUGAAACUAAUGAUAAUACCGAAGAUGGUACCAAAGAUGAUCCCGAAGAUGGUGCCAAAGAUGAGACCAAGGAUGAAACUAAUGAUAAUACCGAAGAUGGUACCAAAGAUGAUCCCGAAGAUGGUGCCAAAGAUGAGACCAAGGAUGAAACUAAUGAUAAUACCGAAGAUGGUACCAAAGAUGAUCCCGAAGAUGGUGCCAAAGAUGAGACCAACGAUGAAACUAAUGAUAAUACCGAAGAUGAAGCCAAAGAUGAAACCACACCGGAACCAACUGAUAGUACCACACCGGAUCCAACUGAUAGUACCACUCCAAACUCAGUUGAUAGUACCACACCAAACUCAGAUGAUAGUACCACACCAAACUCAGAUGAUAGUACCACACCAAACUCAGAUGAUAGUACCACACCAAACUCAGAUGAUAGUACCACACCAAACACAGAUGAUACUUCAUCAACAAUCCCAGACGAUAAUGGGGGUUCUAAAACAGGUUCUGGAAGCAUGGUUCGAUCAUUUUCCGCAAUGGUCUGUCUUGCAAUCGCAUUAGUCAAUAUUUGGUAAAUAAACAAUAAUUUUGUAUUAUGUUCAUUCAAACGCUUUAUAGAAAAUAAAUAAGACUUUUUAUUUAACAAUGUGUACAU